GUAGAAACGUGGUCCAGGCAGAGGCAGGCAAGGCAACACCCAUCACUGCAAUGCCGACAGAAAUAACACACACACGCUGACCAUUUGUCAGGGGCACAAAGAUUCGAUCUGUUUCCACAAGUAGACCUCAUGGCUAUGAUGGCAACUCCAAACAACAGCAGCAUGGCUGUCUCCAUUGCUGGCAACUGCACCAACUUGUAUGAUCAUCGUGGGUGGGCACAUGUGCUCCUGCCUGUGGUUUACACUUUCAUUUUCGUACUGGGACUGUCAGGUAAUGUUUUGGCUUUGCAUGUCAUCUGGCCCAAUAUGAAGAAGAUCAACUCCACCACUGUGUACUCUGCCAACCUGGUGGCAUCGGACAUCCUUUUUGCACUUGCCCUCCCUCUGCGAGUGGCCUACUACGGGUUGGGAUUCCACUGGCCGAUGGGAGAGGGCCUGUGUAAGGCCACGGCUCUGCUGUUCUACAUAAACAUGUACGCUGGAGUGAACUUCAUGACCUGCUUGAGUGUGGACCGCUUCAUCGCCGUGGUGCUCCCACUGCGCUUCAGCUGCUUUCGUAAAAUUCACAACGUGCGAUACAUCUGUGUAGGCGUUUGGAUGCUGGUGCUGGCACAAACACUGCCGCUCCUCUCCAUGCCAAUGACCCAUGUGGAGCAUGAUGGCUACAUCACGUGCAUGGAGUACCCCAACUUCGAGCAGGUAGAUGGCUUGCCCUAUAUUCUGAUCGGGGCCGUGUUUCUGGGCUACGGAAUUCCUCUGGUAACCAUCUUGGUCUGCUACUCAGCUCUUUGCUCCAAACUUCGUGAGCUAGCCAAGACAAACCAAUUGACCGAGAAGUCUGGUCUCAGUCGCAAGGCCAUUGGCGUAAUAUGUUGUGUCAUCCUGGUGUUUGUGGUUUGUUACAGUCCCUAUCACAUAGACCUGCUACAGUACAUGAUCCGAAAACUACAUUAUCAGCCAGACUGUGGUGAGCUGCAUGCCUUUCAGAUCUCCCUGCAUGCCACUGUCAGCUUUAUGAACCUCAACUCCUGUCUGGACCCCUUCAUCUACUUCUUUGCCUGCAAGGGCUACAAGAAGAAGGUGAUGAAGCUGCUUAAGAGGCAAGUGAGCAUGUCGUUAUCUAGUAUGGUUAGGACAUCGCCAGAUGAAUCUUCCAAAGACAUUGACAAAAUCACCAUGAGCACUAGAUCCUGUCACAGGGAGAGGAGCAGCAUGUUAAUGGGUGACUGAGAGACACACAACUUCUGGACUAACUUCAAGAUCAUUAGGAUAAUUAUGGAUCACCAUCAAACAAUUCACACCAGACCAGAACACAACACGGUGCCUUGUCUGAAAAUCUCGAGCAUUUCAUAUCGUCGCUAACGACUCAAUGCGGUAUAAUUUACUGUUCUUUCUUGAGUCUGUAGAUAUUUCUUACUUGUCAAUCAGGUCUGUCCUUUGUAAUUAGUUU